AGGUGUUGUGAAAAAGUUUAGUGUAGUGUUAAAGUUACAAGUAGUGAUUGUGUGUGAAUACCUGUUGCUGGUGAAAAAUCAUUAUGGGCAGCAAGACGCUUGGGAAAUUUGAAUCACAUCUGCCAAAAAGAUUUGGCGGAUUUGUUUCUUCGAUGGAUUUAAUGCUGAAUUAAGAUGACAAUGGAAUUCAUUGAGACAUGCUGAAGACAUCAAUCUAUACAGUUUCCAUCAACUGAAGUAAGGGUUUUUAAUAUUACUAAUAAUAGUAAAUAUUUGUUGGGGUCAUCGAAAUCAUACACCUCAUCAUUUGAUUAAAUUAAAUCAAAAAUAUCAUCAUGAAUAUCUUGAUAGAAAUUCACGAGAAGUUGUUAAUGAUGUUCUUUCUAAAAAUAUUACAAUGAUACUUGAAAAUCUUCUUAUGAAUUAUGAAAAUAGCCAGCUACCAACACAUGGAAAAGGUAUUCCAACAGUUGUUAAAACAAAUAUUCUCAUUCGAAGUAUGGGACCAAUUUCCGAGCUUGACAUGGAUUACUCAAUGGAUUGUUACUUUCGUCAGUAUUGGCGUGAUUCAAGAUUAAGUUUUGUUGGACCUAUUAAAUCUUUAAGUUUGAGUAUUAAAAUGUUGGAAAGAAUAUGGAGACCUGAUACAUAUUUUUAUAAUGGAAAACACAGUUAUGUUCAUACAAUAACUGUACCAAAUAAGUUAUUACGAUUAGGUCGUGAUGGAGAUAUUCUUUAUUCAAUGAGAUUGACAAUAAAAGCAAAAUGUCCAAUGAAAUUACAAAAUUUUCCAAUGGAUCGACAAUCUUGUCCUUUGAUAUUUGGCAGUUAUGCUUACACUACAAGACAACUUGUUUAUGAAUGGAAAGAAGACACUUCAGUUAAAUUUGUACCUGGUAUGACUCUAUCACAGUUUGAUCUUAUGGGAUCACCAUAUAGAAAUUUAACAUUCAAUAGACGUGAAGGUGAAUUUUCAGUACUUGAAGUUUCAUUUAAUAUGCAACGAAAUACUGGAUAUUUUUUAAUUCAAGUCUAUGUUCCUUGUAUUAUGAUUGUUGUACUGAGUUGGGUUGGUCUUUUUAUUAAUCGAGAAGCAACUGCAGAUCGUGUAGGACUUGGAAUCACAACUGUCUUGACAUUAUCAACAAUAAGCCUAGAUUCAAGAACAGAUCUUCCAAAAGUACGUUAUGCAACAGCACUUGAUUGGUUUCUUUUAAUGAGUUUUGGAUAUUGUAUUGCAACAUUACUUGAAUUUGCUGGUGUACAUUAUUUUACAAAAGUUGGCAGUGGUGAAUCUACAAUUGAUGGAACUGAAUGGGAAGAAUUAGAUGAUGAAUCAAAUGACAAAGAUUCAAUAUCAUGUGGUUUACAAAUAAUUCAUCCUGAUGAUAAUAAAACAACUCAACAACGUGGAUCUAUGCUAUGUCCAAUUUAUAAUGAUCCUGGAACAUUUGACAUGGGUAGUGAAUACUCGAUAUCUGCUGCAGUAAAUUGUAAACCCCCAACAAUGGAAAGACAAACACAAACAGAAACGUGUUUACCAAAGUGGAAACAAUUUUUUUACUGCUUAGUUGGAGAUGAUGCAUUUAGACGUAAUCGACAACAAGAAGUUGCAAAUGGUUGUCGAGGAAAAGGUGAAAGAAUCGAACGACAUAUUAACAGUGUAUCACAUAUUGAUAGAGUUGCUCGUGUUAUUUUUCCAGCUUCUUAUACUUUAUUGAAUAUAUUUUAUUGGCUGGCUUAUGUAACUUGUCAAGAAGAAUUUAAAUGGCAAGAUACUCCAUUAGGAUCAAUAUCUAAAUGAUAAAUUAAAUUGUCAUAUUAUUAGUUUAGUUGUAUUAAAAAAAUGAAGUUUUACCUGUUAUUAUUACUUAAUUGAUUCAUCAACCAAUUGAUCAAGUUUUUGGUCAGAAAACGUUAGAUGAGAAACUUUGGCU